CGGCUCGCGGCGGGAGCUCCCCGGCUCCAAGGUCCCCCGGAGGGGAGCCCCGGAGGGGUUCUCCGCGGACGCGACGAGGCACUCUCGAGGCCUGAUGGGUUUCUGAUCGUCGCUGGUGACGAGCUGGGAAGAGCAUGGUUAAACACCAACCUCUGCAGUACUACGAGCCACAGUUGUGUUUGUCAUGCCUGACGGGGAUUUACGGUUGCCGCUGGAAACGAUACCAGCGGUCACAUGAUGACACCACAAAGUGGGAACGCCUCUGGUUCUUAAUCCUCACCUUCUCUUUCUUCCUGACCCUGAUCUGGUUUUAUUUCUGGUGGGAAGUUCACAAUGACUACAAUGAAAUCAACUGGUUUUUAUAUAAUAGAAUGGGAUACUGGAGUGACUGGUCCAUUCCAAUCCUUGUUACAACUGCUGCUGGCUUCACAUAUAUCACAGCUUUAUUGAUUUUAGCACUAUGUCACGUAGCGGUAGGACAGCAAAUGAACCUGCAUUGGAUCCACAAGAUUGGGUUGAUAACUACCUUGAUAUCAACGGUCGUGACAAUGUGUUCUGUAGCCCAGCUGUGGGACGACGAAUGGGAUAUGGUAGUUAUAUCAUUACAAGCGACCGCUCCUUUUCUGCAUAUAGGAGCCCUUGUGGCUGUCACCGCCCUGUCCUGGUUGGUAUCUGGGCAGUUUGCAAGAGCCGAAAGAGCCACUUCCCAGAUGCUGACGUUUGGGGCCUACUUUGCUGUGGUUCUUGCACUGUACCUAGUCCCCAUCACCAUUUACUCCCCUUGCAUAAUGGAGAAGAAGGAUCUGGGACCCAAACCCGCUAUCAUUGGUCACCGCGGAGCACCCAUGCUGGCACCCGAAAACACUCUGAUGUCCUUCCAGAAGGCAGUGGAGCAGAAAGUCUACGGCGUGCAGGCAGAUGUGGUGAUAAGUUACGACGGGGUGCCUUUCCUCAUGCAUGACAAGACGCUACGGAGGACGACCAACGUGGAGGACGUGUUUCCAGACCUGGCCUACGAACAUUCCUCCAUGUUCAACUGGACCGACCUGGAGAGCUUGAAUGCUGGCGAGUGGUUCCUUAAGAACGAUCCCUUCUGGACAGCCAACUCCCUCUCCAAGUCUGACUACGUAAGAGCCGCCAACCAGUCGGUCUGCAAGCUUGCCGACAUGCUGGAGGUCAUCAAGGGCAAUGCUACCGUCCUCUUGAGUCUCCAGGACUUGCCCCUGGACCAUCCCUACUACAGCGCUUUCAUCAACAUCACCUUGAAAACGGUCCUCGAAUCGGGCAUCCCUCAGCAGGCUGUGAUGUGGCUGCCCAACUCAGAGCGGAGCCUCGUUCAGGAGAUCGCCCCGGAUUUCCAGCAGACCUCCAGCGUCAAGGCAGACGCGCAACGGCUGAGGGACCGAGGCUUCCAGAAACUGAACCUGCGGUACACCAAGGUCACCAGUGACGAUAUCAGGGAAUACGCAGCAGCGAACCUGAGCGUAAACCUGUACAUUGUGAACGAGCCGUGGCUUUACUCGGUCUUGUGGUGCAGCGGGGCCCAAUCCGUCACCUCCGACAGCUCGCACGUCCUCAGCAGGCUGCCUUCCCCCAUCUGGUUCAUGGCUCCGGAGGAGUACAGUCUGAUCUGGAUAAUAGCUGAUAUCGUUUCAUUCGUCAUAAUUGUGGGAGUGUUUAUAUUCCAGAACUAUCACAUAAUCAGGUGGCGCCUGGGAAGCAUCCGCACCUACAACCCCGAGCAGAUUAUGCUCAGCGCAGCCGUGCGCCGGUCCAGCCGGGAUGUCAACAUCAUGAAAGAGAAGCUCAUCUUUUCAGAAAUCAACAGCGGAAUCGAGGCGACGGAUGAGCUUUCGCUGUGUUCGGAGAACGGCUACGCCAAUGAAGUCGUCACGCCCAUGGACCACCGGGAAGUGAAGCUUCGUAUCGAGUGAGGGGGUUGGGGUUGGGAAGGGAACCGGUGGACUCCAUAAACCCCACACACACACCACCCUUUUCGUGUGCAACAACUCUUCCUCGAGCUGCCUGGGACCGAACUCCUUUUACCAAACUGUUAAUGCAAUGGACUUUGUGAGGGUGGCCUGGUGCCUCUCCAGAAACUGAAGCUGGACUGGGUUUCUUUCUUUUUUGUUGUUGUAAAUAUGACCCCCCCCCUUUUUUUGUGGCCCUUUUCUUGCCUAUUGUUGGAGGAGGGUGAGCGGGCACGGGCUUCUUCGCGAGGAGAAAGCUGGCAAUUGGAAAUGCAAUGCUACCACUUGGCUGGGCCAUCCGCCGUGGCAAGCCAGUGAAGGAACAAUCCCCUUGGUGCAGCGAUUGUUAGCUGAACUUAUUUAAAUAUGUAUGUUGUGA